GUGCAAGGGGGUAACCAAUGGCAUGCAGCUAGGAGUGUGUCUGACUUGUAGAGGCGUCACACCUUGACGGAUCUGACUCAGUUCAUCUCAGGAAGAGAAGGCAAGUGGCUGCCACAACACCCUGGCUGUGUUUUCAGUGUUGAUGACGAAUUUCAGCGCUAUGAAGAAUUGAGCUUUCAUGGAGAUAUUUCAGUUCUGUUGGUCAAAUGCAGUGAAGUUAUUCUGACCGAUUUUCAAAUGGACUGAAACCAAGAAAGUAGAUACUUGACAGGACACAUAAGCUGUUCUGGACACAGUGGCCAAGACAUGCAAAACCGUCAAGAGGAGAAGGAGGCCAUUCAGAAGCGAACUUUCACCCGAUGGAUUAACAUUCACUUGAAAAGGUGUGAGCCACCAAUGGAGGUCUGUGACCUUUUCUCUGAUGUUCAAGACGGCCGUAUGCUCAUGGCUCUUCUGGAGGAGCUGUCUGGCUGCAAAAUGCUCUACAGAUUCAGACCCCCUACACAUCGCAUUUUUAGACUGAACAACAUCACCAAGGUUCUUAACUUCCUUGAGGACAGAAAUGUGAAAUGUAAAAGCAUCGAUGCCUCAGACGUUGCUGAUGGUAUUCCCUCUGCUGUCCUUGGCCUAAUCUGGACCAUCAUAGUCCUUUUCCAUAUUAAAAAGUCUACAAGGAACAUUAGACAUAUCUUGUCCACAAACAGUGGCAAAUCUAUACAUGCCAGCAGAGAUACCACAUCUAUCUGUACCUCUGCCACGAGUAAUAAAUGGGAAUCAAACACCUUUCCUUCAAGGAAGAGAAAUUCAUCUCACACAUCCAAGUAUCGUGGCACAGCCAUCAAAACUCUUCUGCGAUGGGUCCAAAUAUGCACAUCCAAGUAUGAUGUUGAGGUGCGGGAUUUUGGCAGGAGCUGGAGGAGUGGGUUGGCUUUCCUAGCACUCAUCAAGUCCAUCAAUCCAGCUCUCGUGGACACAAGAACAGCACUGACCAAAUUGCCACAGGAAAAUGUGGCAGAAGCCUUCCGAGUUGCACACAAUGUCCUGGGUAUUCCUCAGCUUUUAGACCUUGAAGAUGCAACAAUCCGAACACCAGAUGAACAGUCCAUCAUCACCUAUGUGACCCAGUUCUUGGUGUACACACAAAAUCUUGAUAAGGUAAAUGGUUCAGAACUAUACACAGGGAGUUAUGACACAAACACCUACUUACCUGAUGGUUUGCGCUCCCCUUCAUCAGCCCAUGAAAAACAUCCAAGCAUUACAGAACCAGCAUUAUAUGCUUCAGAGGAGGGUAUUUGUUCUCCUGUUGGGACAGGCUCCACUGAAGGGCAGAGCUCUGGGAACUCAUUUCCUCUCUGGAUUCUGACGAGGAGGAAGCAUUCCAAUACAUCCUUGCACUCGACGAGGAGGGCAAUGAUCACCCCAGACCAGACUCAGGGUUUCAGCCAGUAA